UUGGUUCAACUUUACACAAUUAUUUCACGCGAGAGUAUGUGAGAUAUAUUCGGAAUUCUUCGCAAGUUAACCUUGGUUGACGAGAAAUGGAGAAAAAACAACAACAACAAAAGUAAAUAAAACGAAUGUCAUAAAAAGUGGAAAAUCUUUAUUGAGUUAUAAGAUGGCAGUUGCUGGACUUGGGAAGACAGGAUUCCUGCUUAUUCCCAGACAUUUGCCAGCUGUGGCAACAGGAUCUCAUAGAUGUUUAUGUUUAACAUCUAUAUCUGCAAGCUCAAACAAAUUGAGACUCAAUUAUCGUGAAAAUGGCAUAUACAAGCAUAAAUACAUUAACGCACCAACAUUUUUAUACAUGCUUGUUAGAAACAUGUCCGUUACAAGAAAAACAAGUUACACGGAUUUUGGACACAAGAGAAUGCCAUUCGCAUGGAAGACAUUUUUUUAUGUCCUUUUCAUGGUAUCAGUUGGAGUAGCGACUUGCAUAAGGAAAAAAGAGGAUGUUUAUGGUCACACAGUAUCUGAGUUAGAAGGUGACAAAAAUGUGGAGAUAGAGGAAAAAGAAAAGGAAAAGGAGAAAGAAACAGAAAAGGAAGGAAAGAAAAAGAAGAGAAUUGGAUUUCAUGAUAAAAGAAUGAUAGAGUAUGAAAACAGAAUACGUGCAUACUCCACCCCUGAUAAGAUAUUUCGUUACUUUGCAACACUCAAAGUACACAGUAGUGGUGAGUGGGAAGUUUUCAUGACACCUGAAGACUUUGUCAGGUCUAUAACGCCUGGGAUGCUUCAGCCGGAAGGUCUUGGACUUGACCAGUUUAAGAAGUUUGACCCUCAGAAGGAAAGCAUUGCGGAUUUGUUUGAGAAGAUAGAACUUGAUAUAGAGCCGGACAGUAUCUUCAACAAACUUGGCGAGUGUGGACUCAUUGGUUUCUCCGACUAUGUCUUCUUACUGACUGUCCUGUCAACUCCUCCUAGGAACUUUGAAAUAGCUUUUCGUAUGUUUGAUAUCAACGGUGAUGGAGAAGUGGAUCAUGCCGAGUUUGCCAGGAUAAGCGAUAUCCUGCGUAACCAGACAAGCAUUGGAAAGCGUCAUAGAGAUCACGCUGUGACAGGAAAUGUCGUUAAAGACAUCGGUUCAGCACUGACAACCUACUUCUUUGGAGCAGAGGGUAACAAAAAACUGACUGUGCAAGAGUUUAUACAGUUUCAAAAAGAACUGCAAAAUGAAGUGUUGAGGCUAGAGUUCAAUCGUUAUGAGCCCGAGGAUGGAAAGAUCUCUGAACGAGAUUUUGCAAAAAUGUUGCUCACUUAUGCUGGUUUCCCGGACAAGAAGAAGUCACUAAUGAUUCGUAGGGUAAAGAAAGCAUAUAAGGAGGAAGAGAAUGCAUUGGGCAUAUCUUUUGAAGAGUAUGAGAAUUUUUGGAAGUUUCUUCAGAAUAUUACUGAUGUUGACACAGCACUGAGUUUCUACCACUUGGCAGGCGUGUCUAUAGAUCAAGAAACAUUGAAGCAUGUGGCAAAGACAGUGGUACAAGUGGACCUAUCUGACCAUGUUGUAAAGGUGGUGUUUACCCUGUUUGAUGAAAAUGAGGAUGGUCAGCUAAGUAACCGAGAAUUUGUAUCUGUGAUGAAAAGAAGACUCAUGCGUGGCCUUGAGAAACCAAAGGAUACUGGCUUCACAAAACUUAUCAAUUCUGUCUGGACAUGUACUAAAUCACAAACUAGAUCUUUCUUUGAAUAGCUGGUGUUUAUUUUUUUAUCAUUAGAAUUUAAUAUUAAAUGAGAAAGAUAGAAGCAUGUAAUAUAUGCUCCAUACUUUA